AUGUCGCAAAAUCGCACGAUUAUCAUUGUCGGCGCUGGAAUAUUUGGGCUUUCUGCGUCUCUGGCUUUGCGAUCUAAAGGGCAUAGCGUCACAAUAUUUGACCAACAUGAUUACAUCCAGUCGAGAUACGACCCCGAGCACCACCCUCAUGGCCAAGUGGCGUCGGUUGAUCACAACAAAAUUCUGCGGCCAUCGUAUGGGACCAAAAUACACUACCAAAGAUUAGCACUCGAAAGUCGCGAAGAGUGGCUGAAGAUGAACAAAGAUAGCGGCAGCGAAUUGUUUGUUAGGUGUGGCAUGCUCCGCGCCCAGCCGUCUGCCCAUCUGGGGGCGCUGGAGAAGGAAACCCUGGCCAACAUGGAGAGAGAUGGACUUCGCGACACCCAGUUCGUGAAGAGUAUUGCUGAUGACCGCCAGCGAGCUGCCGAACGUGGCUGGCAGGAUAAACUAUUGGAUUUCAACAUCCCGGGCGAGGAUGCUGGCUGUCACUUCGAAGCGGUGCUCGAUUCCCUUUCUGGCUUUGUCAAGUGUAGUGAAGCCUGCGCCUACCUUCUGGGCAAGGCUCUUUCUCAGGGGGUGAAGUUCGUGGUCGGAGCAGACGCUGGAAGCUGUGAAUCCUUGGUUGUCGAGGGAGGGUCGAGUGGUCCUGGUAGAAAUGGGAGGAAGGCCGUGGGCAUCAAGACAGGCGAUGGAGUCGUCCACCACAGCGACACUGUCAUCAUUGCUGCCGGGUCAUUCUCAACUCAGAUUCUGCCAGACCUAUCAUACCACCUUGAGUCCUCCGCUGGCAGUGUAGCCACCUUCAAGAUUAACGAGACGGAAACUGACUUGUGGAACAAGUAUGCUCCAGACAGAUUCCCCGUGCUAACGUGGAAGAGCGCACCUCGAGAUCGAAAUGGAAAAGAUACAGGUAGCGUCUAUGUGUUCCCUAGGACUGAGAAUGGGCUCAUCAAGAUUGGUUACCGAGGCAUCAAGUUUACGAAUUUUGUGCCCGCGCCUCCGGGGACGGCUUUCACACAGGAUGGCAAGUGGUCAAUUCCACUCCCAUAUGCCCAGUCCAAGUCGCUCCCCGAGCCUGCCACUGAAGCUAUUCGCCAGUUCGUGUCCAUCUUCCUGCCUGAAUUUGCCAACAGACCAUUCAAUUCCACAAAUUUCUGCUGGUACACGGACUCCCUUGACAAUUCGUUUCUGAUUGAUUACGUCCCGUCAUAUGACGAUCAGUCCUUGUUCGUGUGCACGGGUGGGAGCGGACAUGGAGCCAAAUUUCUCCCUGUCCUUGGAAAGCAUGCUGUCGACAUUUUCGAACACGGGUCCCAGAGUACUUCGUACAUGUACCCUCACUGGCGAUGGCGAGAGGACAAAGCGAGGGGAAAUGGGCUGGAGGAGGGGCCUGCAGGACCCAGGGAUUUGCAAGGGCAGGGCCAUUCCAGCCCGUACGAGCUAUGA